AUGGCAGAGAAGAAAGCUCAAGUAGUGGUACUGGUGGUGAUGGUGCAGUUGGAGGAGAAGACUCAAAUGGGAACCACAUCUUCGUUUCCUAAUUCUCCAAAGCAUACCACUAAACCAUUGGGUUAUAGAGUUAAGAUGAAGAUGGCGAUGGGCGUGCGGUGUCGGCACCGCCGUGGACGUGCAUGGAGGAGAGAAGGAAGGAGAGGAAGUGGGGUCUUGUCACCGGUGGUGAGAGGUCCUCGUGAUUCGUGUUCUAUCAUGAUCAGCUCUGCUCGCCCUAGGAUUCUUCUUGUUGAUGAUGCAGAGAUCAAUAGGGUGGUGGUGAGGAGGAUGGCCAUGGAGUUGAAGAUAGGAAUGGAGGAAGCUGAGAAUGGGAAGGAGGCUGUGGACUUGUUGAGAAGUGGGAAGUGUUAUGAUCUUAUUCUUAUGGAUAAGGACAUGCCUGUCAUGGAUGGUCAUGAAGCAACAAGGCAGUUGAGGUCACUGGGAGUGAGAAGUCCUAUAGUUGCAUUGUCAGGGAAUGGGUUGCCUUCUGAUAGGGAUCUCUUCUUUCAGGCUGGUGCUGAUGAAUUUCAAGUUAAGCCUCUUUCAAAGGCACAACUGGUGGGACUUCUUGCAAGGUUUGGAGUACUUGAAAGAGAUUGCUCUUGA